AUGACCCUCACCACCUACCCUCAGAUUUCAUCAACGGCACCCGCCUCCCCGGAUCUCAAAAUCCUCAACCUCUCUCGCCUCCUCACUCGCCUAGAACACAACCUACUCUCCCCAUCCGCAGACCUCAAAUCUCUCCGACGAAAUGAAUACCAGCGCAUGCGCAUAGCAGCCAACGUUGAAUACGCCCGAACCCUCCUUUCACAGCUCGAACGCACCCUCCCAACCCUCAAACCCCUCGACCGCCGCCACGAGCUUCAAACAGACCUCACACGAAAACGACAGACACUCAAGCUCCUCCAGGAUGUAUUAGACAGAAGUUCCGCGGAGGCGGAAAUGCGCCAAUCUGCCGAAAGCGACCUAGACUCUGACGAAGAGGACGAGAUAAUUCUCGAUGGUGAGGAGGAGGAGGCGGUAACGGUCACGCCCGAGGCAGGGAGUACAUCGUCCGCGUCGGAAGGGAACAGGGACGCUGUCUCCGAGGAAGCGAGGGAGGAGGUGCACGCUGAAGCGGAAGGCGAAGCUGAAUUCGAGACGGAUAUCUCCAAGACUACACUGCCGACUGCUGCGCCAACACCGACAGUACCACCGCCAUCGGCAACAGCAGCACCAACAACAGCAACGCUACGGCACCGACAUCAGAGAGGCCCUGCUGUUGCAACAGGCUCCACUGCAAUAGCCACUGGCUCCGCGACCUCAGCCUCCAAGCUCCAAGAGACGGAGCAGACACUCGAUGCCCACCGCGCCGAGCAAGAAGACCUCACCUCCUCCCUGCUUUCCCUUGCAACGCAGCUCAAGGCUUCCUCGCAGGCAUUUCAUUCCAGUUUGGAGGCGGAGAAAUCGGUGCUGGCGCGCGCGGUCGAAGGGCUCGACCGGACGACUACCAAUAUGGGCGCCGCUGAGAAGAGGAUGGGGAUGUUGCGGCGCAUGACCGAGGGGAAAGGCUGGUGGGGCCGGAUGAUGCUGUAUGCGUGGAUUUUCGGUCUGUGGAUUGUGGCCGUGUUGAUUGUGUUUCUGGGGCCAAAGUUGCGACUCUGA